ACCGCAGCCAGCUUGCACGCACGCAAAUUUCGCCUGUUGGUUGGUGGUGCAGUGCGUUUUUUCCCCAUAAAUUAGAAUAAAUAAAUUCAGCCUGGAGCAGAGCAAAAUGUCGGCAACAGCAGUAGCACCAGUGUCCGGAACCCAACAGGGAUACGGCGCCGUCUCAGGUGCCAAGGCGAUGGGCAAACAGCUGAAGCUGAAAGCGAACGAGUUUCUGGCCCAGCCCAGGAAUUGCGGCCACCAUCUGGAGGAAAUCAUCAGCUACUUGAAGGAAUGUAACGCUAGGAAGACUUCCACAACGGUGGGGCUGCUAACCCUGGAGACCAUUUUUACCGAGUUGUUACGGCGUAACGAGAUGCGAAUUGUGGUACAGCCGCUUAAGCCCAUGGAACACAACUCGGAGGUGACUCAUAAACAAUGGCUUCAAGCCCAAUACAAGGAGACCUUCAGUGCCAUUCUGGAGGCAUUCGCAAGCGAACGGCCCAUCGAAAGUGCCCAAGCACUGGCCACGGCGAUGAAGUUGAUUGUGGCCGAAACCGAAUGUCCUCUGGAUGGAACCACGGAUUCCACUCGUUUUCCGCUGGCGAGAUUGAAACACGUCUUGCUGACUAUGCUCUCAUCGGAACGACUCAAUACCCAUCUGUUCAGCCGGUUCCAGGAAUACGCAUCUCAUUUGGACAUCAUCUAUUUUUGCUGGAAAAUCCUGCCAUCGGCAGCACCGAAAGAGUUUAGUCCAAGUAGCGUAUUCAUUCAAAAUUUCUUGGCUCUGAUGGGAACUGUCUGUUUUGGCCAGGAUAUACUCCAGGAAGCUCCCAAUUGCCUGUGCGUAUCAGUCCAGCUGGACUAUCCCUAUGUGAGGAAACAAAUCAAUAAAACUUGGUCCUGCGUAAUGAAUUGGAAGCAUGAUGAAACGACUCAUCGCCAGGUGUUGAUCCUUUUGCUGGAAAAAAUCAUGUCCCAUUUGGAGAAGCCCGUUUUGCUAACCGAUUUCUUGAUGGAUUCUUUGGACGUCGGCGGAGCUAUCAGUUUACUUGCUCUACAGGGUAUUUUUGUACUAAUCCAGCAACACAAUCUGACCUACCCGAACAUCUACGAGAAGCUGUACUCGAUGUUCGAACCGGAGAUCUUCCAUACCAAGUUCAAGGCGCGUCUCUUCUAUCUGGCUGAUAUUUUCCUAAGCUCAAGUCAUCUUCCGGAAGGUUUAGUUGCGGCAUUCGUCAAACGUUUAGCCAGGCUGGCUUUGAUAGCACCGCCCCAAGACAUUGUGAUUAUCCUUAGAUUUAUCGGCAACUUGAUAAUGCGACAUCCCGCUUUGAAACGACUGAUGUUCCAUCCCACUGGAGGCGAAGUAUCUCAAGAUCCUUUUAUAAUGGACGAGCGGGAUCCUAUCAAAUCGAACGCCCUGGAAAGCUCGCUCUGGGAAGUUGCCGCACUUCAGUCGCAUGUAAUACCGUCUGUUGCCACAGCUGCCAAAUUUAUUUCCAAUCCAUUUCCCAACGUUGAGUGGGAUCUGGCCUCGGUGUUGGAAGUCAAUGAGAAUGAUAUCUUUGAUAAAGAAAUAGCGAAAAAAUCCAAAGAAUAUGCCUUAAACUUGGAGCGACCCAGUUCGAUGUUUACGACAUGUGGCGGCGAAAAAACUUCUCAGUACUGGAAGCUUUUUUAAGAGGAAAAAAAAGCUCACCGCAACAGGUGCUUUUUAUUACGAUUUUCAAUACCUUAUGAAAUGUUUCAGUGUGGAUUCCUAACCUACCGUUUAGGAAGCUGUAAGUAUGUUUUUCGUUAUUGAUCUGGACGAAAUUUUUUUCUGAACAUGUGUCACACAAAAUAGAGUUCCGAAUGUUCAACCCAACAAAUUAGUUUUAACAAAACGAAGCCACGCCGUAAAUUCGUCGUUUUACAGUUGGAGUCAUAAAUGAUUAUGAAUUGUGGUUCUAUAUUGGGGUUUUUGAUUGGUAAACGUCGAAUUUAAAGCAAUCAACGUUAUGCGGGAUAAGUAAUUGAACCUACUAAUAUUCGAAUAAACAGGACAAGCAUCGUAAAAUAAUUACCACGUAUUUAUCAGAUACACAACAAUAGUACAUAACACUAUCAAGCAGAUAUGUUACCUAAUAAUAAAUGACACAAAUAUGUAUAACUUUAGUCUUAGCAGAACGUCAAAAAUAAAUGUUCCUACUGCAUAUAGGCCUCAUGGCGUUCGAAAAUGGACGAAGAUGGUGUAUCCAUAAUCUUUCGCGGCUAACUUGAAGCCAUCCUGUUGCGAUUAAUGUGUUGUAUCCUACAGCUUAUCUAGGCACAUUCUAUUAUCGUCCAAAUAUGGAAGGGCACGGAUGAGCCGUUGCAAGGAUGUGGUUACAAAGAAACCAAUCUGAUUUAAUUUCCCUCAAACAGCGUGUACAACAAUCUGAGUUCUGUUAAUAUGUUUUGUUUAUGUUAUCGUUUCAUCGCUCUUUGGCAGAUGUAUGUAUUUUCUGCAAGAAUCCUAGAUUCGUUGUAAGAAUAUUUCACUUUCAAGAAAAAAAUGGCAAACGUUGAAAACUACACAACAAACCCUUUUAACAAAACGUGAUGGUAGAACAAACUGACUAACGGGAGCAGUCCUGGACUGCCAUUUUCUUUUUCUCCGCUUCGAGUGGCGUAACGCUAGAGUUUAAAAGAUAAAAAAUGAUACUAGGGUAUUUUAAAUGAUAAAAUAGAAAUCACAAACCGCAUAGACAAACAUCUAUGACUGGAAUCUUUUAAAACAGGUGCCAUGUGGACAUGGAUUGUGAAAAGGAUAGAUAAACUGGUAUAAAUGAAAUACAUUUUCAAAUUCAA